ACAGUGGUGGCAGUACUCAUGGCUGGUCCCCUGUGGCGGGCCAUAGCUUUUGUCCAGAGACACAAGACAGGCUUCUUGGUGACUUCCUGUGCAGGCCUGUUUGGGGCCCAGAUCUCUCCCCACCUCUUCCCAGUUCCUGCGAUCCAAUGGCUUUACCAGUACUGGCCUCAGGGCCAGCCUGCCCCGCUCUCCCCAGAGCUUCAGUCGCUGUUCUUAGAGGUGUUAGAGGACAUGGGUGUCUCCCCGAACCAUAACUUUGAGGCCUUCACCACCUUCACCUUCUUGCCCAUGAGUGCUGGCUUCCCUAGACUAGCUUCUGGAGCAAUGGUUGGCAUCCCUGCCACCUUCCUGGGAGGCCCAGUGAUCGACACGGACCAGCCAAUAGUGAUCCAUGGGCACAAAGUACACUGGCAGAGUCCUGCAGGCAUCCGGCUCAAAAAUGCUCUGAUCCUGUCCCACGACGCCAAGAAGUUUGCAUUGGCCAGGGAGGUGGCCUAUCUGGAGAGUGGCACAGCUGCCCUGCAGGCCCUCCCUGCCCCAGCUUGCCUGGUAGGAACCUGGACCUUAAGUGUGAGUGCCAAGCAUGCCCUCGGGCUCUAUGGCGGCCCCCUGCGCUUCCGGGUGGCCUUCAACUUGCUGGCAAUGGUAGGCGGCUUUGUGGCUUACGCCUUCUGCACAGACUCUCUCGCUCACGCCCUGGAGGCCUGGCUGGACCGCCGCACAGCCUCGCUGUCUGCAGCCUACGCCCGGGGUGGGGUGGAGUUCUACGACCAGGUCCUGUCGGGCAACUUAGCCCUGCGCAGUCUGCUGGGCAAGGAGGGCGAGAAGCUCUAUACCCCCAGCGGGAACGUCAGUCCCCGCAGCUGGUUCCGUAUCAAGCACCUGCCCUACACCACUCGGCGGGAUGUCGUGCUGCACACGUGGAGGGCGAAGCUCAGCGCAGACCGGUCCUGACGGGAGCAUGUUGCAAGGACACUUGGAGCUGGGCAGGACCACGGUGCUGCUGGCUGGCAGGAGUCGGGGUGGCAGGGAGAGGUGGGUUCUCAAGGGGUUGGGUUCUCUGCCCCCCUGUAGCCCAGACUCAGAAAAAUCAGAGACGUUGGAAGUUAAACAGCCUUGAUGCUACCCCCCACCCACCAGUUAAGAUCUCAGUCUCCCUGGGCAGAGCCCUCUGAAUGUGAGCCUGGCGUCCCCAGCUGCAGAAUGGGGACCCUGUCAACG